AUGCCCGCCCUGCAUGCAAAGCUGGCCGUGAGCCUGGCCCUGCUCUUCCUCAGCAACUUCACAACAGCAACCAAGGAGGAUAUACGCUAUGUCGACCCCCUGAUCGGCUCCACCGCCGGUGGCAAUGUCUUCGCCGGCGCCAGUCUUCCGUAUGGGAUUGCGAAGCCCGUCGCUGACGUCGACGGCCAGAACACUGGCGGAUUUUCUACCGACGGCAGUAACAUCACGGGCUUCUCGCACAUGCACGAUAGUGGCACUGGCGGGAACCCAUCAAUGGGCCAAUUCCCUCUGUUCCCACAGUACUGCACCGACAAUGCUCUGGAUAACUGCAGGUUUCCCAAAACAGCGCGCGCAACGCAAUACAAGAGCGAAUCUGUAAUCGCGCGGCCAGGGUACUUCGCUCUGGAGCUGGUGAAUGGCCUCAAGGCAGAAAUGACGGCGGCGCGACGGACUGCGCUUUACCGUUUUACAUUUCCUGCGAAGAGCACAGGGAAUGGGGACCCGCUAGAUCCCUUCAUUUCGGUGGAUUUGACGGAUCUGUGGGAUAGUCGCCAGAACGCGAGCGUCGCAAUUGAGCCAGAGUCAGGUCGGCUCAAAGGCAAUGGCACUUUUCUCCCCAGCUUUGGUGCCGGGUCAUAUAGGGCAUAUUUUUGUGCGGACUUUGCAGGGGCAAAAGUCCGGGAUAGUGGAAUCUGGGUUAAUGACCGGGCAGGUUCCGAGCCGAAAGAGCUAUUCGUCACGCGGGGUUUCAACAAUUUCUUUCUCCAGGCAGGCGGAUAUGUGAGCUUUGCGCGUCCAGAUGAUGGAGUAGUGACCGCCAGGGUGGGCAUCAGCUAUAUCAGCUCGGACCAGGCCUGUUUCAAUGCUGAGACUGAAAUCCCCGACCCUGUCAAUGGGUUUCAGAAGGUUGAAAAUGCAGCGCGCGAGGCUUGGAUGGAGAAGUUGAGCCCCAUAAAAGUGACACAGGGUGGAGUAGACGAAAACAUGCUGCGCUCUUUCUGGAGUGGUAUUUAUCGCACGAUGCUAUCGCCGCAGGAUAUGACUGGUGAGAAUCCAUUGUGGGAAAGCGACGAGCCCUAUUUCGAUUCCUUUUACUGUCUGUGGGAUGCCUUUCGAGCUCAACAUCCCUUUCUCACCAUCAUCGAUCCUCAAACGCAAAGCAGAAUGGUUCGCAGCCUACUUGACACAUUCAAGCACGAAGGCUGGCUUCCCGACUGCCGAAUGUCCUUAUGCAAAGGCUGGACCCAAGGCGGAUCCAACGCGGACGUGGUUCUUGUCGACGCCUAUCUCAAGAACCUGACCGGCAUUGACUGGGAACUGGCUUAUAAAGCUAUGGUUAACGACGCUGAGAACGAGCCGCUGGAAUGGUCCUAUGAAGGACGGGGUGGUCUUCAGAGCUGGAAACGAUUAAGCUAUAUUCCUUACCUGGACUUUGACUACCUUGGUUUUGGCACAAACUCGCGUAGCAUCUCACGCACUGUGGAAUAUGCUUACAAUGACUACAGCAUCGCCAUCUUAGGCAAGGGCUUGCACAAGGAGGAUUAUCCCAUUUACUUAUCACGGUCCAGCAAUUGGAAGAACCUUUUCAAGGCGGAUCAGACCUCCUUCUUACAAAAUGGAACGGAUACUGGCUUCACGGGAUUUUUCCAGCCGAGGUAUUUAAACGGGACCUGGGGUUUCCAGGAUCCGAUUGCUUGCAGUGCCUUGGCAUCUUGGUGUUCGUUGACUUCCAACCCGUCGGAGACAUUCGAGUCGAGUAUCUGGGAAUAUCUGUUUUAUGUCCCACACGAUUUGGCUAAUUUGAUCAACCUGCUGGGUGGGUCGGAUGCAUUUGUCAAGCGACUCGACUAUUUCCAUGAGUCCGGGUUGGCCGAUAUUAGCAAUGAGCCUGUUUUCUUGACCGUCUACGAGUACCACUAUGCUGGUCGACCAGCUCUAUCUGCAGAGCGAGCACACAGCUAUAUUCCUCGAUCAUUCAAUGCAACUGAGAAUGGGCUACCUGGUAAUGACGACUCCGGGGCCAUGGGCUCAUUCUUGGCGUGGAGCAUGAUGGGACUCUUCCCAAAUCCGGGCCAGAAUGUCUACUUCAUUAAUCCUCCAUUCUUCGAAGCAAUCGAAAUUACUCAUCCCGAGACCAAUCAGACCGCCACAGUUCGCACAGUGAAUUUUGACCCCGCCUAUCAGAACAUCUAUAUCCAGAGCGCGACACUCAACGGGAAGCCUUACACUAAAAACUGGAUUGGACAUGAAUUUUUUACCCAGGGUAUGAUUCUCGAGCUGACACUUGGGGGUCGUGAGAGCGACUGGGGUACAAAGAAAGAGGACUUGCCUCCCAGUCUGAGCGAUGUCAUGGCUGGGGAUGAGGUCGGCAUGCAUGACGGCGCUGUCGAGGAUGUUUCCUAUCUG